UCAAUGCCGCUGCUGUCUGCAUCUCUUGCUUCCGCACCGGCUCGCAUUCUCUCGAUCAUUGCACGCACGCACUUCCCGAUCAGUUGACGUGCCGGAGAGAUAGUGGUUAGGGUUUCUCCUUUGCAUUUCCAUAUUUUCUCCUAAACCUAGGGAAUCUGCCUCUCUCGAUCCGUGGUAGCCUAUGGUUGUUCUCUUCCUUUGGCCGCUUCCGUGACUCCCCAUUUUUCAGCCUGGAAUCGGGAAGCCCUUUACCGCAUUCCCCAGCGUUAGGAGUUACUGGCUCAGUGGCUCUUUUCCACGCUACAAAAAACUAGGUCUGCGCAUUUGAGUCCACCUAGAUGAAAGGCAAGGCGGUGAACUCUGGAAAGAGAGAUAAGUUCAAAGGGAAACGAGCCGUGGUGGUUGAUGCGGAUGAUGGCGAAGAGGAAGAAGAAGUAGAAGGACAGGAUGAGUAUGAGCGAGGUGGAUUUAUGGCGGAUGACAUAAAAGAGGAAGAAGCUCAGGAGAGUGAUGAAGAGAUGCGUAGUAUAAAAAGGAAGAAGAAUAAGAAGAAAAGGCUUUUGGGGAAGAACUUUGUUCUUGAUGAGGAUGAUUAUGAGUUGCUCGAGGAAAACAAGAUGAGUGGUUUCUGUCCGCCCAAACCAGGGAAUGGUAAAUUCAAGCGUCUAAAGAUUGGAAGGGACAAUGAAUUGGAGGAUCAACAGAAAGCAAUUGGUUGGCAUAGUCAAGGUGGCCGUUCAGCUGAAGAAAAACUUAAGAUUAGCUUGUUCGGUGAUGAUGAUGAUUUUGCUGAUGAAGCCGGUCAAUUAGAAGAUAGGAAUGUUAUUGGUGAUGAAGAUGAAAUGGCUCAUUUUAUUGUGGAUGAGGAUGUGGAUAACGCUGGUGCCCUUGUGAGAAAGUUGACAAAAGAGAAAUCACACCAAGUGCUUUGCAUUGCAUCAUCUACUUCACAAGCGCUUGAGAUAUUUGGUGAUCUUGACACAUCUGUGAAAAAAAGAUUGAACGAUGAGUUUGAACCUUUUGUUCUUUCAGAGAAUUGUAUGACACAGAAGGAUGACAUUAUACGAGAGAGAGAUAUUCCAGAGAGAAUUCAGUUGUCUGAGGAUACUACUGGGCCACCACCUAUAGAUGAUCAGAAUGUAGAAGAGGAGAGAAACUGGAUUUAUGAUCAGCUUACUGAUGGCAGAUUCUCUCCUUUAGUUGGCUAUGAUCAAGUACUCAAAGAUAUAAAUAAAGACAAUAUUGAUAAUGUCUUAAAAAUGAUGCAUGUGCAAAAACUUGAUAUUCCUUUCAUUAGCAUGUAUCGCAAGGAAUUAUGUGAUAGCCUGUUGAAGGAUCUUGAUGAUGGCAUGCAGGAUGGCGACGAAAUGAAAAGUAUGAAGUGGCAUAAGAUACUAUGGACAGUUCAGUCUUUGGACAGAAAGUGGUUGUUGCUUCAGAAGAGGAAGAGUGCUCUUUGUUCCUAUUAUACAAAGCAUUUUGAAGAGGAAAGUCAAAGAGUUGAUGAAGAAACUAAACUCAAUUUAAAUAACAGAGUUUUUGAUUCAGUCGUUUUGGCACUGAAUGAUGCAAAAUCUGAAAGAGAGGUUGAUGACAUUGAUGUGAAGUUCAAUCUGUGUUUUCCUCCUUGUGAAGACGAUACAUAUGAUGGACAAUUUAAGAGGCCUAAACGAAAGUCAUUGCACGCUGUUUCCUAUAAUGCUAGGCUGUGGCAGAUUACUAACAAGUUUGGUGCUAGUUCUGAAACAUUUGGGUCUCUGCUUUCAUUAGAAAAGAUAUCUGAUGAAGUUGAAGAUAACAUAGAAUCUCCUGAAGAAGUUGCUGCAAAGUUUACAUGUUCUACGUUUGAAACUCCAAAAGAUGUGCUUAAUGGAGCCAGACAUAUGGCGGCUGUGGAGAUUUCAUGUGAGCCUAAUGUUAAAAAACAUGUGCGCAAUAUUUUCAUGGAGAAGGCUGUUGUGUCAACAAGUCCUACUCCUGAAGGAAAUCUUGUGAUUGAUGCCUAUCAUCAACUUGGGGGUGUGAAAUGGCUGCGCAAUAAGCCUUUAAUGGAGUUUGUGGAUGCUCAAUGGUUGCUUGUCCAAAAGGGUGAAGAAGAUAAACUGCUUCAUGUCAGCAUUAAACUACCUGAAGAUGUCCAAAUGAAAUUAUUAAGUGAUGCUUCAAAUUGUUAUCUGAGCAAAGGUGUCAGUAAAUCUGCUCAGUUAUGGAAUGAGCAGCGGAGGAUGAUAUUGAAAGAUUCAUUUCUCACUCAUAUUUUGCCAUCAAUAGAAAAGGAAGCUCGCUCAUUGUUGACAGCUAAGGCGAAGAAUUGGCUUUGUGUGGAAUAUGGAAAGCAAUUGUGGAAUAAGGUCUUGGUUGGUCCUUUCAAGAGGAAGCACACUGAUAGUGAUUUGGAGAAUGAAUCUGAGGUAAGAGUUCUGGCCUGUUGUUGGGGACCUGGAAAGCCAGCAACUACUUUUGUCAUGUUAGAUUCAGCAGGAGAACUGGUGGAUGUGCUAUAUGCUGGUUCAAUUAGUGUUCGAUCCCAGGCUGUUACUGAUCAACAGAGAAAGAGGAAUGACUGCCAACGACUCCUGAAGUUCAUGGUCAAUCACCAACCGCAUGUUAUCUGCAUAGGAGCAACAAACAUGGCUUGCACACAGCUAAGGGAUGACAUUAAUGAAAUAAUUGAGGAUCAUCCAAAAGAACUUGGUCAAGAAUUGGAAAAUAUUUCUGUUAUCUUUUGCGAUGAAACUUUGCCUUGUCUUUAUGAGAAUUCAAAGCUUGCUUCAGAACAACUACCUGGUCAACCAGGCAUUGUGAAACGUGCUGUGGCACUUGGACGCUAUCUGCAAAACCCUUUGGCUAUGGUGGCUACUCUUUGUGGACAAGAAAAAGAAAUACUGUCAUGGAAAUUUCAUCCCCUGGAACAUUUCCUUACUUCUGAUGAGAAGUAUGAGGUUGUUGAGCAGAUUAUGGUUGAUGCUUCUAACCAAGUCGGUGUGGAUAUAAACCUAGCAGCAAGUCAUGAAUGGCUUUUUGCUCCUCUACAAUUUAUUGCUGGUCUUGGUCCACGAAAAGCAUUUGUCUUAGAAAAAGCAUUUUUGAGGGCUGGAUUUAUUUCGAAUCGCAAAGAGAUUCCUAUGGGAAAGAUUCUUAAAAUGAAGGUUUUCGUCAAUGCUGUUGGAUUUUUACGGGUAAGACAGAGUGGGGUGGCUUCUUUUAGUAACCUCAAUAUGGACCUUUUGGAUGACACUAGAAUUCAUCCAGAGUCGUAUGAACUGGCAAAUAAUUUGGCCAAGGAUGUCUAUCGCGAUGAUGCUCUAAAGGAGGCAAAUGACAUGGAUGAUAUGCUGGAGAAGGUGAUUGAGCAUGUUAAAAAAAAUCCACAGAAGCUUGAAGUGUUUGAUAUUGAUGAGUAUGCAAACAAUAUAUUUGACCAGUAUGGAAAAAACAAAAGGGAGACACUUUAUGAUAUAAAGAUGGAGCUUCUACAAGGAUUUCGGGACUAUCGGGCACCUUUUAAAGAACCAAGUUGUGAGGAGGAGUUUGCUAUGCUCUCUGGAGAAACAGAUGAUACCAUUCCAGAAGGGAAAAUUGUUCAAGUGACAGUUCGCCAUGUACAGGAGAGUCAAGUCAUUUGUGUAUUUGAUUCUGGUUUAAAAGGGAUGGUGUCCUCUGAUGACUUUUCAGAUGAAGGAUUUGAUUAUGAGAAGGUGCAUGUAGGGGAUAUACUUACAUGCAAGAUUAAGUAUGUGAAUAAGAAUAGGCAUGUGGUUUACUUGACAUCCAAAGCUAGUGACCUGCAAAAAGGCCCUUAUAUUGAUAAGCGAGAUCCUUAUUACCAUGAAGAUAAAAUUAGUAUGGGCAGUGAAAUGGAGAAGGUCCGGAAGAACAAGGAAUAUGCAAAUAAACCUUUCAGAUCAAGGAUGAUUGUUCAUCCCUGUUUUCAGAAUCUGACAGCUGAUGAGGCGAUUGAGUUCCUUUCUCAUAAAGAACCUGGUGUGAGUAUUAUGCGUCCCAGUUCCAAAGGGCCAUUAUUUUUGACGUUGACUUUGAAAGUUUUUGAUGGAGUAUUUGCUCACAAAGAAAUAGCUGAGAAAGGAAAAGAUCACAAAGAUAUGACAAGCUUACUUCGGCUGGGGAAGAUACUAACAAUUGAUAAAGAGUCCUUUGAAGAUCUCAAUGAGGUCAUGCACCGAUAUGUUGAUCCACUGGUAACCCACUUGAAAAGCAUGCUUGGGUUUCACAAAUUCAGAAAAGGGAAUCAGAAAGAGGUUGAUGAUCAACUGAAGGCAGAGAAGGCAGCAAACCCAAUGCGGAUAGUGUACUGUUUUGGAGUUUCUCAUGAGCAUCCUGGGACUUUUAUUUUAUCCUAUAUUAGAAGUGCAAAUCCACAUCAUGAGUAUGUUGGGGUGUAUCCCAAAGGUUUCAGGUUUCGGAAAAAGGAUUUUGAUAGCAUUCAUCACUUAGUUGCAUAUUUUCAGAAGAACAUAGACAAGCCACUACUUGGUGAGGGCCCAUCUGUAUGUACACUUGGUGCAGAGGUAUCAACAGAAAAUCCUACAUGGGUAUCCUCUGGUGAUCGGGAAUCUACAGAUGGAAGAUUUAACUCUAGAAAUACUGGCAAUCAAAAUGAACGAGGGCGAGGUCGUGGUCGUGGACGUGGACGUGGGCGUGGGCGUGGGCGUGGUCGUGAAAGAGGAAGUGAUUUUGGUACUGAUGGAAGCGACAACAGUGGUUAUGAGGAAAUGAAGGGUGAUACUGCAGGUUCUGGCUGGGGUGGUUGUAACAUAGAUGGCUCCAACAAAGGUGGCUGGGGUGGCGGAGAUGGUGGUAGUGGUUGGGGUGGCAACACGAAUUCAGGUACUGAUGGUGGUGGGAGUUGGGGAAGUGUGGAAGGUAAUGUAAGUGGCCAAGGGCGAUGGGUUAGCUCAGGAGAUAGAAACAAUAGUACUGAUGGUGUCUGGGCUGGGAAUAGCAGUGGUGGCAACAGUGCUGGUGGCUGGGGGAAUCUGGGAUCUGGUGGUGGCAGCAGUACUGGUGGCUGGGGGAAUCUGAGAACUGGUGGUGAUGAGUCUUCUGGGACUGGCAGUCACAGGGGCAGUGGCGAUGGUAGUUGGGGUGCGACGGAUGAUGUUGGUGGCCAAGGAGGAAGGGGAACUUCAGGAGAUGUAGGAAUGGGUGGUACUGAUGCUGUCGGGGCUGGAAAUAGAGGCAGCGAUGGCUUCACAAGUGGCUGGGGCAAUCAAGAAGCAGGUGGUGGAGUUAGAAACAAUAGCGGGGAUGGCCAUGGUGAGAAUUGGUGUGGUGGUGGUGCCGCAACUGGUGGUGACAAGUCAGUUGUGGCUGGCAAUUACAGAGGUUGGAGCGGAAGAGGCAGUUCUACUAGUAACUGGGGAGAAGAAGGUAGUAGCAAUAACAGCAGGGGCAGAGGCAGGGGAAGGAAUAGUGGUAGGAACAACAGUGGGUGGGGACAAGGUGGAAAUGAUAUUACUGAUCUUGGCUCAGUUGGUAAUAGCAAUGCUGCUGGUGCCGCAAGUGGCUGGGGAAGUAACCAACAUCAGGACAACAAUAGAGGCAAUGAUGAUGCUGGUGGGAAUUGGGGUAGUGCGCCUGCUGCUACUGGUGGUGGUUAUUCAGAUGGGACUGGCAGUACUGGUAAUUGGGGAGCAGUUGGUAAUGAUAGUAGCCAGGGGGGCAGAGGUAGUAGCAACAGUGGGUGGGGACAAAUUGGAAAUGAUAUUACUGAUCCUGUCCUGGAUGGUAGUAACAAUACUGGUGGCACCACAAGUGGCUGGGGAAGAGGAAGUAACCGAUAUGGGAAUAACAGUAAAGGCAGCAAUGAUCAUGAUGGGGAUUGGAGUAGUGGUUCUGCUGCGACUGGUGCUGACAGUCACAGAGGCCAGAGUGGACGAGGCAGUAGCACUGGCAACUGGGGAGCAGAAGGCAAUUUUAGUAGCCACUGGGACAGAGGCAGGGGGAGGGGCAGAGGUUGGAACAACAGCGGGCGGGGACAUGCUGGGAAGGAUAGUACUGAUUCUGAAUCUACUGGUAAUGGCAAUGCUAUGGGUGCCCCAGGUUCAUGGAGCUGUGGAAUCAACCAAGGCAGGGGCAGCAACCAUAGAAGCAGUAAUGAUGCAGAUCUUGCAAGUGGUUCUGAUGGUAGCGGCGACAAAUGGACUGGGGCUGGCAGUGGAAGAAGCUGUGGUGGUCGUAGCUGGAGAGUUGGUAACAAUGGUGGCCGCAGGGGCCGAGGCAGAGCCAGGGAUAACAGUGACAGAGGUAGCACAGAUGGCUGGGACACUGGAGGCGGCCAGGGCGGGGAGGAUAAGUGGGGUAGUAAUGGUGGUGGGGAUAAGGGAAGUGGUUUUGCUGACGUUAAUGACAUAUCACUAAGCAACAGUGGUCGGGGUGGAAGAAGAGGCAGUGAUGGUCGUCCUAGCUGGGGUGAUACAAAUGCUGGUGGCCAUGAGGGAAGUAGUUGUGGCUGGGUUGGUAAUAACAGUGGUGUUGGUAACGGAGGUGGCUGGGGCGGUGGAAGUUGUCAGGGUGGGAACAGCAGCGAUGGAAAUGAUCAGACACGUAGUUUUGCUGAUGGGAACGAUGAUAAUGCAGCUGGUGCUAGUGGCGGAGGGUGGGGUGGCAACAACAAUGGUGGCAGUAGCAAAGGUGGCUGGGGUGGUAACUCUGAUGGUGGAGCUGGUAGUGGGUGGAAUUAAGGAUGGGUAAAUCAAGGUGACUCAGAUCAGAUGCCAUAUCUAUAGUCCAAGUCUACCUGAUAUCUGAAAUGAAAGUCUUAGGAGCACAGCCUAACAACUGUUUUGUUUGUCGAUCUAACUGGUUCAAUAAGUUGCAUGUUGCUGGUGUGAAUUUGCUUUGAGUUUGAGCAGUUUCAAAGAACAUGCCAAUCUCCUCCAUUGAACCACUUCCCUUUAGAAACCUUGGAUGUAAUAUUCUCGUUUGUCCUUUACUCAGCGUAUCUAAGGUAUUUUGUAUCUAACCUUGUUUCCAUAUUAAAUUAGAUGUGGUUAUUAUAUUA